GUUGCUUAAGUACAGGCUUGUUAAGAUUAUUAUCUGGAGAUGAUGGACAGGGGGAAUGAUGCAGGGGGUUGAGAUUUGAGAUGGGGGGAUUGCGAUGGAGCACUUGAAAUACCUACUACUAUGUACUUUACUCAUGGGGCACUCGUACACGCUUAAGUUGAACGCAAGGAAGUUAGUGUCCCAUCUCGAAUUGGUUUACGGCUACAAAGGUCAUCUAGUGUCUACAGCAGCGUUAGUUUUGUGCAAAAUGCAAUGUGAAAGCCGCCCGCGGGAGAGAAAGUAUUGCUGGGCUAUAACAUCACACGUAGCACGUACAUGCAUGCGUGCAUGUGCACUCAACGGUACCUACAUGGAUACCUUACCUAGGCAUUUAAGGCCUGGUCCGGUGGCUGCCAGUGCAGUUGCUAGGACGCAGGACACUCGGGGCGGUUGAAGUAUCCCGAGUAAGCGAGGCAGAGCAUGCGCGGCAUAGCACGAGACGGACA